CGCCGCAUUAGUCCCCGCCCCCCAGAGAAACCGCCAUCAUGAAGUUAGAAUGAGGAAAGUGACAGAUGAACACAGCCCGCUGCUCCACUACGAGGACGGAUCGAUACUCGGACACACUGAGGCAGCGAUGGACAGCUCUGCGGCUUCAGAGGAGGAAGUGGAAGAGCAGCAGGAGACGUCACAGGAGGACCAGUCGAGUCCCAACAAGAGCUCCAAGACAUCUGCAGCAGGCGACAUCGUUGAGGGUAAGCGGGCAAAGAAGACAGUCGAGAGGCUCGAUUUGCAGGCUCCGAAGCCGAAAGAGAAGCUCAGGAUUGGAGACGGUAGUGGAGAUAAACUGGGAGACAUUCCACGCACCGGUCACCAGAUCACCAAGAUGAAGGCGGCCAACCUGAGACCUCUGCACGCCAUCCUGUUCGACAGGCCGGGGAAGAUGACCACGCUGAAGAAGAACCUGCGUCUGUUUAACGGCUUUCCUUUUGACGCCGACAGCGAACAUUACACCAAGAAACGAGAGAAACUCCUCAAGAACUCUCACUUUACGAACCCCAAACUGAAAGUGGUCUGUGGAGUUCUGGACCUGGAGAAGAAAGGAACUCACUCUGAUCUGGUCGACAGGAUCCUGACGUUCCUCAUCGCACCGAGAAACAGCGGGAAGCGUCUCCAUGUGAAGAAGAAGAGGAAAUCAAAGAAGAAGCUGUCGGGCGACGACUCGCAGUCCAACGCCAAGAAGAAGAGCAAACCCAAACCCAGCAGCUCCUCGCCCAGCCCCAAGAAGUCCAAAGCAGGAAGCAAGUCCAAAGCAGGAAGCAAGUCCAAAGCAGGAAGCAAGUCCAAAGCAGGAAGCAAGUCCAAAGCCAUCGUCAUGGACUCCAGCAGCGAGGAAGAAGAGAAGGCGAGGGGGGUUUUGGUGGAGGCCGAGGGAUCGGAUGCGGAGGACAAACCGUCAGAGAAAGAGGAGGACCGGUCUCACAAGGAGGAGGAGUCUGUAGACAAGGAAGAAGAAGAAGAAGAGGAGGAGGAAGAAGAAGAUGAGGAG